ACUUUGGAUUUCCUGAUAACCUGAGCUCAGUACUAGCUGCUCGAAAACACUCUGAAGGUACCAUUGACCUCCUUCUCUCAACGGACGGGAACUCAUCUUGGGACCCUUGCUAUCCACGAGAAAUGGACGCCUCUGGCUCUACUUCCCUUUCCUCUUCCCCUUCACCUCCAUACACCUUUCCCUUUCUCAAUAACCUCUCCCUUCCCUCAUCCUCCCCCUCUCUCUCCCCAUCCCCAAGUGUAGCCUCCACAGCUCUCUUCUGCUUUUUCCUAUCCCUCCUUUCUCUGCUGGGCAUUCUGGGUAACCUGUACACCCUAGGGCUUCUCAUUCGCCGUCGUAGGAUGUCAAGAAGGCGGCGUAGCGUUCCUACCUGUUGUUACUCCUGCCUCGGCACCUCUUCCCCUUCUUUCUCUCCCUCCUCCUCUCCCACCUCGUCCUCCUCCUCUUCCUCCCUUCACCUGCAGGUUCUGAGUCUGGCUUUGUCAGACCUGGUGUACCUCUCCACCGCCCCUUUCAUUGUGUAUGACAGCCUGGCAUCUGACUGGGCCUUCGGUGAACUAGGCUGUCGGCUCCUGCUCAGUCUGGACUUGCUCACCAUGCACGCAAGCAUCUUCACCCUCACUGCGAUGAGUCUGGAUCGGUAUCGAGCUGUGGCUGAUCCACUCGCAGCCUCGUCCACACCUUCCUCUGGACUCCGGAGAGUGGCUUUGGCCUGGGGUUUUGCCGUGGCUCUCAGUUUGCCCAUGAUGAUCACUUUGCACCUAGAAGAUGGAGAGAACCAGGAAGGCAAGUUGUGCGUUCCCGCCUGGGAUGAACAGAGUUCAAAAGCCUACCUCAGUGUACUCUUCUGCACCAGCAUCCUAGGCCCAGGACUGGCCAUCGGAGCUUUGUAUGCAGCUUUAGGGAGACUCUACUGGGUAUCUCAGACGCAACCUGCUUGGGCCGGAGGGGGCAACACCUACCCGCCCCGUGCACCUCGCCCCAAAGUCCUGCUCCUCAUCCUGGGGAUUGUGCUGACAUUCUGGGCUUGUUUCCUUCCAUUCUGGAUCUGGCAGCUUCUACCACUGUACCGACCUGAGGUUCUGCGCGUGGUGCCGGUAGGCACGCAGGUGACCAUUAAUCGCAUCCUCACAGGGUUGACUUAUGGAAACUCAUGUGUGAAUCCAUUCUUCUACACACUGCUGACAGGAAGGCGCAGGCGGACCAGCAGGAAGACGAUAAGUGCAGCUGCACCGCUUUGCCACAAGGGCAGCUCUGAACAACAAUAACAGCUGCCCAGCAGUUAGUACAGCCCAUGACCAAUAAGACUGUGCAUAGUUAUCUUUAUUAAACAGAUUACUCUUUUGGUGCUAAGGAGCUUAACGAUUAUAGAUUUAUACAUGUGCUGUGCAAAUAGUAAUACUCUGUAAUCCAAAGCAAUGAUGGUGUGUGUUCUCUGCUCCAUGGACUACAUAUAUAAUUAAAGAUAAUCUGAUCAGCAUUGUGUAUUAAGGUCCCUGCAAUCCAAAAUUAAAUACUAAGUGAUUAUGAAAGUGCAUCUGAAAUAUUUAGGGUUCAUCACCUUUGAAAUGGCAACCAAAGAAAAUUCUGGUCAAACUGCUGCUGAAUAUCAGUGGACUACAACGUGUGAAACAUCUGUUUUAAGGGGCAACUUGAAAGGGACAAACAAGCUUUGUCAGGAUGAAUCACCCCAGGAUAUUCUAACAACAGAUGUGAAGUAUUUAACUACCAAAUUGGCUUAUUAGUCUAAGUGCAAAGGAGAAAUUACAUAGUAUAGAUCUGGCUCAAAGCUAAAGGACGUGUCAGAGUUUGCUCUUUUGAGGAGGAUAAAUCACUUCUGUCAUGAAGCCAAGACACACAAUCUCUCAUUCUCCAAUAGGACAUUAUGUUCUCCAUGAGGUACUUCAUUAUACUCAACUUAAACAUUUUUUAGCCAACAGGUCUGUUAAAGACCUGACUUUGUGUAUUUAUUGGCACCUUUUGUGAAUAAUUUGUGCUUUGUUUUAUUCUACCUGAUUUUUUUAGUUAAACAAAAUUACAUUUUUUCACAAAUUUGUUCCAUUUUUAAAACUACUUCCUUUCCCCAGCUUGUGCAUAUCAAUGGACAAUGUCAGCUAGAGAAAUAUUUCUGUUUCUAUAAAAAAUGAAUAAAUGAAUAAAUAAAUUUAAAUGUUAAAUCAUACUGUAUUCAAAAAUUGCACCAAACCUGGACCCUUCAAAAUAUAUAUAUAUUUUUUACGUUUUUCUUUUUUCAGCCUAUCUGUAUUAUAUUUGUUUUGUUUUACUGUUCAAUAAUGCAUUGCUUUGCACAAGAAAGCUUGCCUGAAAGAAUCUAUAUAUGAAAUCUGGUGCUUAUCAUAACAUACAAUAAAGAAAUAUUCUAUGUAAGAACACCAGCAGAAUGGUUUAUGAUCUAAGUGAGUCAUCUGGGAAUCUUUAGAAGACUUCCUGACCUGAAGAGCCCCACUGCCUAAAUGUUACUGCAGAAACGUAACACUGUAAAGCAGUACUGUCCUCAUUACAAUAGCAGAUGAGCGAGUUUUUCAGUGAAGAAAGAUGGAAUGAAAGGGCACAGAGA